AUGCCGGAAUCCAUUGGGAGCGCAGGUGGAGGUACGGGAGGUGCUAGUAGCAAUGGAAACAUGGACAAUUCCCAAGGCCUUGAGGUACGUGCCUCAUUUUAG